AUGCGGACCUCGCGCAUAUCUCGAGACACUUCUAAAAUCAUCGCUGCGAGUCGUGCGAGGCGACCAUUACGUCGAGCACCCUCUGCCACAAAUGUAGCGACUCAAGAUCUCGCCCUAAACACGCCUGAUGCCAAUCCUGUCGCGAAAGUACGCAAUCGCGAGUCAGCAUCAUCCCAGAACAAUGGAUUCCAAUCCUCUGACUCCGAAUUGAGCUCGCCUGCAGAAGAUCAGGAUUCCGACUUCUCAAACACAAUAACGAGCAAGAAGCGGAAGAGAGGGCAAGAUGUCCCGGUGCCUCCGCGCGUCAAGCAAGAGAGCAAAGAAGUUAGCAUCGCAACCAUCGCGUCCCCGAAAAGGGAAAAUGGCAAACCGAAAAAGGCGCGCCGUGUCCCCGCGAAGAAGACCGUCGUGAAUGGCGUCGUCAAGGUAGAGGCACCGCCGAACUGGGAGGAGAUGUAUGCCCUGACACGAGAAAUGCGCAACGAGAACGUCGCUCCGGUCGAUACCAUGGGCUGCGAGAGCCUAGCCGAUCGCACUGCCUCACCACGCGAUCAGAGGUUUCAAACUCUCGUAUCUCUGAUGUUGAGUAGCCAAACCAAGGAUACCGUGACGUCUGUUGCAAUCAAAGGGAUGCAGGAUAACAUGCCUGGAGGCUUCAAUCUAGAAUCUGUCUUAGCUAUAGAACCGCAAGCGCUGAACGCUUUUAUCUGCAAAGUGGGCUUUCACAAUCUCAAGACCAAGUACAUCAAGUCCGCCGCCGAGAUUCUUCGAGAUAAAUGGAACUCGGACAUCCCAGAUUCCAUCGCAGGCCUCGUCUCACUGCCAGGAGUAGGCCCGAAGAUGGCAUACCUAUGUAUGAGUGCCGCAUGGGGAAGGGAUGAGGGCAUCGGCGUCGAUGUUCAUGUACAUCGUAUAUCGAACCUCUGGGGCUGGAACAACACCAAGCAACCCGAAGAGACCAGAGCCGCUCUUGAGUCCUGGCUUCCGAAGGACAGAUGGCAUGACAUCAACAAUCUUCUAGUCGGCUUUGGCCAGACUAUUUGCCUACCAGUGGGUAGAAAAUGUGGUGAUUGUAAACUGGCAGACCGAGGCUUGUGCCCGUCUGCGGUAGUCGGAAAGUCCACAAAGGUUAAAAAGGAAGAAACAAUUGUCAAGCUGGAGGGCACAGGCGGAAGCACAGUGGUCCAUGACGAAUUGACUGUGUCUCGAGGCCACGACAUCAAAUCAGAGGAUGUAGCCGACAUUGAGGACAUGGGACUGAGCUUACGUACAAGGAGAGCACGAAAGGGCAAGCCGUCACCCUUUCAGUUCUGCACCAACAUCACAACCAUUAUCACUCGACCACUCCUGCCAACACUGUCAACACUGCCAACACCAGAUCCACUACACACCAACUUCCCAUCAUCCCACAAAAUGGACGGAAGACUCGAUCCAGUGGCUAACGUAGACGUCUUGGUCAUGCUUGACGAGGUUCUUUUUGAAUGGCUCGAGACUAGUCUUUCUCCUGAAGAAGCUUCGGCAUUAGGCUUAACACCAUCAUUGACGGCCACGGUUCCAGCAGCAACCUCAAUAACAUCAGUUCCGCACAUGUCAGCCGGAGACAUUGGCAUCCUUUCCGGAUACAUCUUCAUUGGCCUCUUUUGCCUCCUUUUCGGAUACAUCCUCAGAGUCCUCCUCCAACGAGUCUAA